AUGGCCGAAACGCACGUUCCGCGGGUCUUCUUCCCGAAAACACUCUACCAACUGAGCGUGCUGGCGAUCGCGAACAAGUUCCUGAGCCUGAGGAAAUAUCUUCCCGACCUGCCGAACGACGUCCUCUUCGACGUUUAUUACCAGUUGUACAAAGAGAAAAGAUUAUGCCUGCUGGGGAUCGACUUCAGCAAUUUGGAGAUCUUCUCCAAAAUGUUAACAGUCACUAGCCGUCGUGUACAUCUUCUGCAGAGCUUUCAGAGUCUUAUAGAUCAUGGAGUGCGGGUAGAGGAGGAGCUGAGCAUCAGCUACACGGUAUGCUACCUCGAUGUCAGUGAAAAUUCAGCUACUGAGGAGAAGCUGAUAAACCUAGGCUUGAGAAUUGGUGGAUUCUUCAGCGAUGCUGGCUGGUACGCGAAAAGCGAACAAGUGUUGCUGGCGUGUAAACAAUUAUGCCUAGCGAAUAAUUCUACGCCUCAGAAUUGGUGUAGAACAUUGGAAUGUUGUCGAAAGUUGCUACAUGUACAAGCGGCGUAUUGCGAAUUUUUACAAGCGGCUAAGACACAUCAACUUGCCGUAGAGCUGAUAGAACAGUUAAAAGAGGCAGGGUAUAAUGAUUAUAAUUAUGCUGCUAUUUAUACUGAGUUCAGUAUACUUUUUUAUAUGAAAAGCGAGUACGACGAAGCCUACAGAUGGAGUAUAGAAGCACUUAAGCAAUUGAAGUCAGCGUUAUCUGCACGCGUCACUGUUGAUGUGUUGAGACAGGCAGCAAAGUCGUGCGUACUAAAACGCGAAUUCCAAAGAGCUGGUCUUUUAAUUAGGCAAGCUGUAUAUCUUGCUAAGGAAGUAUUCGGCACGGAUCAUCCGGUGUACAGUAACGUCCUCAUAGAUUACGGAUUUUAUUGGUUAAACUUUGAUAAUAUAAUUAAGAGUGCAAAUCUUUAUAAGAACGCGUUAGCUAUUAGAACAGAAAUAUUUGGUAAAAUGAACUUGCACGUUGCGUUGGCGCACGAGGAUCUGGCUUAUGCCCUUUACGUAUACGAGUAUAGGUCUGGCGAGUUUCCAGAGGCAAGUGUUCACAUUGAGAAAGCAAUAGACAUAAUGUUAAACCUUUUACAUGGGGAUCAUUUGUUGUUAGCGAGCGCGAAAAGAAUAAAUGCAUUAAUUCUCGAAGAAAUAGCGUUAGAUACUACGUCAUCGCCGUUGUCGAAACAAAAUCUGCUGUUCAAGGCUGAAUGCCUUCAUUUGUCCGCCUUGCAAUCGGCAAAAGAGGCGUUUGGCGAACGAAACGUACAAACGGCAAAACAUUACGGGAAUUUGGGACGUGUUUAUCAAAGCAUGAGGAAAUGUAAGGAAGCUGAAGCGAUGCAUCUCAAAGCUAUACGUAUUAAAGAAGAAUUACUAGGACCGGACGAUCACGAAGUUGGAUUAAGCAUAGGACAUUUAGCUUCGUUAUAUAAUUAUCAUAUGAACCGAUACAGAGACGCUGAGAAACUUUAUUAUAGGAGUAUUGAAAUUAGUUUGAAAUUGUUCGGUAAGAGCUACAGUGGCCUAGAAUACGAUUACCAUGGACUUUUAAACGUUUACACAAAGCUCAACGAGUACGAUAAAGUUCUAGAGUAUGCGACAAUACUGAAUAACUGGAAAAUGUUGACAAGAGACAAACAUUUGGAAUCGGAAAAGCCGACGAUCGAUUACAAAAGACGGCCGCAACCGAUCGAUGAAGUGAUCGAGAUGUUCUUUUCU